CGACCCACACAUGAAUCACAAUAGUGCUACAAACUUACCUCAGCAGAAUCAACAAACACUACCAAUACAUUUUCAAUCAUUCAAUUUCUUAACCAAUUUCUUAACCAUGCCGAUUCGUCCUCGUGAGCCAGCACAAAGGCCAGGUUUCUUUCACCGACAAAGACCACUGCAUGCAGUUCUUGGCGGAGGAAAGCUUGCUGAUAUAUUGCUAUGGAAAGACAAGAUAUCAUCGGCAACAAUGGUUGCUGGGUUCUCCAUCAUUUGGUUCCUCUUUGAAGUGGUCGAAUACAAUUUUCUCACUCUUCUUUGUCACAUCCUCAUGGCCAUCAUGCUCGUCCUAUUCGUUUGGUAUAAUGCCGCAGGACUUAUCACAUGGAGCCUGCCUCAAAUCUAUGAUUUUCAAAUCCCCGAACCCACCUUUAGAUUCUUGUAUCAAAAACUCAACUCAUUCUUGAGGAAUUUUUACGACAUUUCAACUGGGAAAGACCUAACCCUCUUCUUUAUGACAAUCACCGGUCUCUGGGUCAUGUCAGCUAUUGGGAAUUAUUUUACAACUUUGAAUCUCCUAUAUAUACUGUUCCUCUGCUUGGUGACCCUUCCCAUUAUGUAUGAGCGAUACGAACAAGAGGUGAAUUAUCUAGCAAGCAAAGGAAACCAAGACGUGAAGAGAUUGUUCAACACAUUGGAUAAUAAAGUUCUGAACAAGAUUCCAAGGGGACCUGUGAAAGAAAAGAAGAACAAAUGAAGUUUAGAUAUGGGCAAGAAGUGGAUCCAUUUUCUUUCUUAAGUGUGUAAAACAUAAUAAUGAUUGCAAAUUUAUUUAUUCGCAACCACAAACUUGUAUGAAAUUCAUAAUUCAUUUGGAGAAGUUUCUUAGUAA